AUGGCGACAAGAACAUCAACAACAAAAAAUCAUUCUGAAAUAAAACUUCAGCGUAUUAUUGAACAUAAUAAAAAACUUCGCGAACAAUUAGAUUUACCAAGAAUAAAAGUAUCACAGGCAAGCUCAAUGUUAAUCAAAUAUGUUCAAUCUACCAAGGAUUAUUUGGUGCCUUCAGUAUGGGGUACUGCUGGUACUGCUGAUCCAUUCAAUAAUAGAAAUGGUGUUUAUUGUACAGAAUGUGUUAUUUCAUAA